AUGUCAUAUAUUGAAGUGCAAGAUAUGGCAAAGAAAAUUGGUUAUGAGACUAUUACUGAGGCUUAUUACAAAAUGCCCAAUGAAUUUGCUGAAGUGGCGUCUGAUGAUGAGUUUGAUGAAGCAUACUUGGAUUUUACUGAAGUGGGGUCUGCAUAUGGUCCUACUGAUGAGUUGAGAAGCCUACCUAGUUCAGAUGAUGAUGAGAAUGAGGAUAUUGUUAUUCAAUCUAUCCCGAACAACCAAGAAUUCUCGCCUUCAAGGGAUUUGGGUAUUAAAGAACUAGAAAUUGGCAUGAGGUUUGCAUCAACUGCAGAUUUUAGCCUUGCACUUGGGGAUUUUGUAAUCAAGGAAAAGAUGGAUAUUGAAUUCACAAGAAAUGAUGGUGAUAGAGUGUCUGCAGUGUGCAAGCAAGGUUGUGGUUGGAAGAUACAUGCAAGUAAACCAAGUAAUGAGCAGUGUUUAAGAAUUAAGAGAUUCAGCAAAGAGCAUAAAAAUUGCUUGUGGACUCAUAGUCGUAAGCAAGCCACAUCUUCUUAUCUAGCAAACAAAUACUUGGAGCAAGUUAGAUUAAACCCAACCAUGGGCAAUGUGGCACUUCAAAGUACUAUUGCAACUAAGUUGGACAUUGAUGUGUCUACGUACAAAAUGCAUACGGCAAAGAAAAGGGUAUUAGGCAUUAUUGAGGGUGAUGAAGCUGAGCAAUAUGCAAAGUUGAGGGACUACUGUGCAUUGAUCCAAAGAACCAAUCCUGGAAGUCGUGCAACAAUUGGUGUUGAUCCCAUGUCUUAUGAUAAUGAAAUUAAGACUUUUCAAAGGAAUUUUAUUUGUUAUACUGCAAUGAAGAAGGGAUUUAGAGAUGGUUGUACACCAUUCCUUGGAGUUGAUGGGUGUUUUCUAAAGGGAGCAUAUGGUGGUCACCUUCUUUCUGCUGUGGCAUGUGAUGGGAAUGACCAAAUGUUCCCUGUUGAAUUUGCAGUUGUAGAGGCUGAAACAAAAGACUCUUGGGCUUGGUUCAUGACAGAGUUAAUGGAGGAUGUGGGACCUCACUUUGACAUCACCUUCAUGUGA